AUGUCGCAGCAUGACGAGGUGGUUUCUCCUGAAUCACCACCGACAAAGGAAGCGCCGACCGAUAACAUGGACUCGUCUGCAGCCAAUUCCGACCGAGAGGACACCUUUGAAGACGCCCAGGACGCCCAGGACACCCAGGACACCAAGUCCGUACGCUCAUUAACAGCCAGAAAGCCCUCGUUAGCCAGACAAGCCUCCGACCAACCUGCCAACGAGCUUGAAGCUGCCUUCAAAAAGAUCAGGGGUAAAUCGCCGGCGGCGCCAGAGGACGGCGCAGUGGAUGAGGAAGACAAGAAGGACGAUGCCAAGAGGCCUGAUGCCCUGGAGCAGAGACACUCAUCCCUUUCGGUACAAAGGAGGAUAUCUGACGGCUCGAAUGACGAUCUCGACAAUGUCAACCUGGAUGAUGAAACCACGGCAGCAGCUACCAAAGGACCCAACAGUGCACCCACCGAAAAAGAACCCUCCAAGACGCUCUCACUGAGCAGUAUCACCAACGCCCUUCCCUCGAUGCCGUGGUCUCCCCCGGCUGUCAACGAAUCCCCUGUCAAGAACCCUUCGCCGCGCUCACAGUCGCCGCCUGCUGCUGCUGUCCCGACCUCCCUCCCUACUACCGCUCCCGCGCCCGUGCCGGCACCCCCUACUCGGAAACUCACAAGCCCUUUCGCCUGGCUGUCACGGAACUCCGGACACAAGGAAAGCGCCGCCGCAACAUCCCCACCCCCAGCCACCUCUCCACGCCGAAACACAGCCAGCUCUGUCGCCACACUGACUAGCAAUCCAGAGAUGAUGCUCAGCAAGCUGGAUGAGGAGAGGGAGGGGGAUGGAAACGAGAAUCGGAAUAGCCUGAAGGACCGCUUCAAGCUGCUGCGAAUGCGGGAGGAAGCCGGUCUUGGACCCUUGGCUCUGGAGGAUGACAAGUCGGGCGCCAUUGGCAGCUUGGUCGGGAAGACAUCUGCGCUUGGUAUAAUGAGCCCAUCGAGUGCGGCCGCAGAUGAGGGGGAGCACGGCUUGGCAGUGCAGCCACCGCCGUCGCCUCUGCCACAGAGCCCCAACCCAAGCUUGGCACCCGGUACCGCUUCGGGCGUGACAGCUGGUCCAUCGGCUUUCUCGAGUGACGCGCCGGUCGAUUGGGAUCUGUGGCAGUCGGUCGUAUACGAAGGGCCUGCCGCAGUCGCUCGCACCAGCGCAGAGGAACUCAACAAGGCUAUCGCCACCGGCAUCCCGAACGCGAUUCGCGGUGUGAUAUGGCAAGUUCUCGCCCAGAGCAAGAAUGAGGAACUUGAACAAGUCUACAAGGACUUGGUGGCAAGGGGGACCGAAAAGGACAAGGACAGACACAGCAACGGAUCUGCCAGCGUCUCCAGCAACGGCAAUCUUAGCGUCAACAAGGAGCCUAAUUCAUCUGCCUCGUCGGUGCAUUCCGAGCAUUCUGGCGUCAACGGUCCGCCAACACCCCCGGAGAAGGAUGCGGAGAUGUCGCCCAAGGCGCAAGCGGCGGCCGCGGCAAACCGCAAGAAGAAGGAGAAGGAGGAUGCAGCCAUGCUGCACAAGCUGGAGAAGGCGAUUCGGAGAGACCUGGGUGCUCGGACGAGCUACUCCAAGUUUGCUGCGGCCCAGGGGCUCCAGGAGGGCCUCUUUGGCGUAUGCAAGGCGUAUGCUUUGUUCGAUGAGGGCGUUGGUUACGCCCAAGGCAUGAACUUCUUGAUCAUGCCCCUUCUCUUUAACAUGCCCGAGCAAGAGGCCUUCUGCCUCCUGGUACGCCUGAUGAACCAAUAUCAUCUUCGCGACCUCUUCAUCCAAGACAUGCCCGGCCUUCACAUGCGGCUCUACCAAUUUGAGCGGCUUUUGGAGGACCUGGAACCGGCACUGUACUGCCAUCUUCACAGGAGAAGCAUCUCCUCCCAUCUUUAUGCCACCCAGUGGUUCCUCACACUUUUCGCCUAUCGUUUCCCUCUCCAGCUUGUCCUCCGCAUUUACGAUCUGAUCUUCUCUGAGGGCCUCUCAGCCAUCCUGAGGUUUGGCAUAGUCCUUAUGCAGAAGAACGCAUCAACUCUGCUACAGAUGUCUGACAUGGCGCAAUUAACAACUUUCCUCAAAGACAAGCUCUUUGAUGUCUACAUUGACGCGGCCCCCAGUGCCGGGAGCAUUCUGGAGAAUGGCUUCUUCGGCAGCUCUUCCUCUAGUCUCGACAAGGAGAUCUACCGAGCGGAUGAGUUCGUCCGUGACGCCUGCGAUGUCAAGAUCACCCCAGAGCUCCUCAAGACCUACUCGAACGAGUGGGAAGAGAAGACGCGUGCCGAAAAGGAGCGCGAGACCGAACUUGAACACCUCCGAUCCAGCAACGCCAGCUAUGCUAUCCAGGUUCGCAAGCUGGAGGAGCGCAUCGAGGCUGUCGACAGGGAGCAGGCGGCACUGGCCACGGAGCUCGUGCACACCAAGGUCGAGAACGAGGAGCUCAAGGACGAGAACGAGAGUCUCAAGGGCCAGGUGCGCGAGCUCAAGAUCGUCAUCGAGAAGCAGCCCGAGGAGAUCGAGCAGACGUGGAAACUCGAGCGGGACGACCUCAUGAAGCGCAACCAGAAGGUGCACGAGGAGAACCAGAAGGUGGAGAAGGAAAUGUCCGAGCUGGAGGAAGAGCUUGUCCAGACCAAGCUGCGGUACGCCGAGAUCAACUCUUCACACGAGACGCUCAUGCGCAAGUGGACGGAUCUCAAACGGCAGUUUGAGUAA